CGGUGACUUAUUGAACAGGGAAAUCACAGGAAUCUUUGAACCAGUCGCUUUUAUUUGCUUUUACUCCAUGUUGCGUGUGACAGAGAACUGAAACAAAGAGCGUGUAUUUGGAUGAAAUCCGACCCCGGAUAAUCUCGCCGCCAGCAAUGACAUUUUUAUGUCUUUGCUGUUUAGGAGGAACAAAAUAAUGAGGUUUCAGCGCUUCUUGUUUUUUAGUUUUCUUGGUUUAAGCUUUAUGUGCUUUAUCGCCACAUUACUGCUUCCAAAAAUCAAGGAAAGGAAUCUGAUCCACUUUCCGUCCAAGACGUUUUCAAGGUACGCAGAAUUUCUUCGCGCAAAACUCAAUCCGUCCACGUCCACUGAAAACCGUUACGUGCAAGCAGCAAGCAACGACAUAAGCCAGUCGUCUUCUUCAACGGAACCUCAGGAGGAUGACGCUGAAUCAAAGAGUGUUAGGGCUGUUGAUCGCGAAAUAGAAGAAUUACUGAACAGUACAAACGGACAAUCUAGAGAGUUGGCUGUAGAAGAGGAGGAUGAUAUCCAAGAAACGUCUACAGAAGAAAGCCUCGUGAAAUACGACGAAUUAAGAUGCACGCCUCACAAAAGUGUUGCCUUCCUCAAAACCCAUAAAACCGGAAGCAGCACUCUCACAAAUAUCCUAAAUCGUUAUGCAGACCUCAGAGAACUAAGCAUAGCACUUCCAAGGGAACAUCUGUACCGCUUUGGUUGGCCAGGUUACUUCAAUUGGAGGAAUGUGGACAUGUUUCGAUUGAACGGACAACCAGCUCAUAUCCUAUGUAACCACGCUCGAUACAAUAGACCUGCAAUGGAUAUUGUAAUGCGCAGCGACACAAAGUAUAUUACGAUUUUGCGUGACCCGGUUAAUCAGUUUGAGUCUACAUUCAACUACAUGGAACUGUAUCGUGAUUUUAAUUUGCCGAAGUUUCCAAAUCCAAUGGAAGUUUUUCUGAAAAAUCCUUAUGGACACCUUCAAAACUUAACAAAAAGGGUGAAAUCCCUUCCUGAAUCGAUCAAUUUGGUGAGAAAUGGAAUGUUCUUUGAUUUAGGUUUCUCGUCAUUGAUGGGCAGCAGGAAAGACAGUGAACUUCGCAGUGCUAUCGCAAAUAUUGAGAAGGAAUUUUCACUGGUUCUUAUCAUGGAAUAUUUCGACGAGAGUCUAGUUCUUCUUAAGCGUGAAUUCUGCUGGGAUUUAGACGAUGUUAUUUACAUCAAACAGAAUCAACGAAAGUACGGUAAUAAUACGUCGCAUAACUUUAUUUCUGCGCAACUCAGGCGCAGGAUAAGGAACUGGAACCGAGCCGAUGCGUUACUUUACGAACACUUCAACAAGACUUUCUGGGAGAAAAUCAAACGGCACGGGGGGGGAUUUUACGAAGACCUUACAGAACUGAAGCGCAAAAAUUUGGAGAUGUAUCGUGACUGUGUUUCCCCUGAGGAAGUGACAGAAACCGCGUUUCGACUGAGUGGAAAAAUACGAGGUUUUAAGCUAAACAAUGGCGUUUCACGUUUCAACAGAUACCUAUGUGAAAAGCUGCUUACAAACGAAAUAGACUACAUUAAUUAUUUCCGCCGGAAGCUGAACCCUCACUCAGAGUAUCAGAAGCAACUAAGAGCUGCAGGAAAAGCACCUCAUACAUCGGCUGAAAACACCAUAAGUCAAAGAAUUCGUGCGUUUCAAAGCAAACAGUUGCAAAUUAAAGCGGGAAAUCCUGUUCCAAAGGCGAGGCCGUAGCAACCGCAUAGAACUUCGUCUAAAGGCAUUAGUGGACGAUCCCAGGGAAAGGAAAGUUUUCGUUGUCUAUCAAGAGAGAGCGUUUCUGGCCGCACGUGAACUAAGUAAACUCAUCAUAAUCACAAGGUGUUUGUAUACAAGUGAUGGAUCCAAAAUAUGUCUAAUUGGCACCUGUGGCCAUGCAAUUGAACCGCACAUGUGCGUAAACACGCUCUUACCGUAAUGGAAAAGAGACAAAAGCUGCGUUGCUGGUGGUUUGUGUAACGCUGGAUCAAAAUAUAUGCAGCGCAGCAGCGAAAUCAAGCAGGUUUCUCCCAUUUUUUCGGUUCAAGGCUUUCUUUCCUUGAUCUUAUUCCUACACUAGGAUUUAGACGAAUACCCUUUCGUUUAGGCCGUUUGCGCACAUAAAGGUUUUUAUGUUAAUGUAAAUUCCAAACCAUAACGUAUAAAUUUGCAAAGGAUGAAACAUUUUUCUAUCAAUAACGAAGGGCCGAGCCCGGAAAGGUUAAAAAAACCAUAAUCUCAAUACUGCUCUUUUUGUUCAUGUUUCAUGUUAGCCGAACUUCACUGCAAAUGAGGGGGCAUGUUCGGCGCGCUUGAGUCGAUUCGAACAUGAAGAGCAAUCAUUCUCCUUUAUAGACAAGUUUGACUUUUUUUUUAAAUAUUUCCUGGCAGGAUUUUUACCUUUAAAGCAGGCGAUCACAAUAUCGCACAAUAUCGCACGAAGUUCCUCUUCAAGCGACGAACACUGAACCGCUGUUGUCAACGUUCAUUUUUAGGGACCAUUUCUUAUUUAUCACCUGGGUGUGGAGAGAUCGGAGGACUUUGGUCAUGUUACAACAAAAUUACCCGAUCCCCCAUAAGGCUCUGUACUACUCUUACGACCCCCACCCCAAAUUGGCAGUUAAUUGGCAGUCAAUUUUCUAUGGUAUCUUCUCUUCCUUCCUUCUGUUGGCCACGACUAACCUCUUAUCUGUUCUUGCUGAAAACCCUGUAAUUUCCCGCACUUAAAGUGUAUAUUUAUCAUACUGUAGACAUGUUUUGUAAACAAAGAAGACUGUUAUUGCUCUAACUUUGAAAAUAAAAUGAC